AUGUCGACCGUUAAAAGUAAAAAAUCCAUGCUCCCGCCUAUUCACCUCAUCUUCAAAUACUUGCAGGAACAGUCACUAGUGACGAUAUGGUUAUACCAACAGACACAACUGCGAAUCCAGGGCCGCAUUCGAGGCUUUGACGAGUUCAUGAAUGUGGUGGUAGACGAUGCCUGUGAAAUAUCGACCGAGGAUGGUUCGCGAGACGAAUUGGGCCGUAUCUUGUUAAAAGGCGAUAGUAUCACCCUCAUCUCUAGUUUAGAGGCUUAG